AUGCCAUCCGGACUGGAUAUCACAUCCUCCUCGAGCUAUCCAGCUGACUCUGGAAGCCUGUUUCGGCCCGAGAGCGAUUCCUCUGCGGAGGCGUCAUGGACCUCGCAUUUUGACACACCCUCAACAAUGGCUACCGCAGGGACGGGCAAGGCGCCCGCUGCACACGCCACUCUUGUGAAUGAUGAUAUCUCGGCUGGACAGCGCAUGGUAUCGGCAACCGCAGGCAAUAUCUUGACUGGAUUGCUCGUCACACCACUAGAUGUCGUCCGCGUCCGACUACAAUCGCAAACGAUGAAGAAUGUCAAGCCAUCUCAGUACACUUCGUAUACCGCACAAACGCUGAAGAAUCUUCCGCCCAAUAUUGGAAUUACAGCCUGUUGCCGAGAGGUCUUCUGGGUUGGAGACAAUGCGCAAAUGUGUAUGAUAGGCCCUCAGGCCGGUGCUAUUGGUGCUCAGGCACAUCCAGCCAUCGAUUGUGCCGUGGAAGAAACACAAAGACGGACGUUCACCUCAACCUUCGACGGAUUGCGAAAGAUCGCGCGCAACGAAGGCAUGUUCGCUCUGUGGCGAGGUCUUAGUCCGACUUUGAUGAUGGGAAUUCCGGCGAAUAUUAUCUAUUUCGCCGGGUACGAUUGGCUACGGACCGAUGACAAAAGUCCCAUAAAGAAGAAUGUUUCCGAUGUGUAUGCGCCGUUUGUCGCUGGCGCGAUUGCUCGAACUGCCGCUGCGUCGGCAACGAGCCCGGUCGAGAUGUUCCGAACUCGUCUCCAAGCGACCCCCGGUACUGGCGCUGGACAUUUCAAGGUCACCUUGCAAGGUCUCUACCAAAUGACCCAAGUCAAGGGUUACACGUCUCUUUGGCGCGGACUGACGCUUACCAUGUGGCGCGACGUGCCCUUCUCCGGUCUUUACUGGUGGGGAUACGAGAAGGUGAAGCAAGGCCUGGAGAGAUCCCGCCAAGCUUCACUGCACCAUCCACACUCUGAGACCGAGCAAGUGUCCACGGCGACCGCAUUCCUCGAAAGUUUCAUUGCUGGUGCCACCUCUGGAUCAGUAGCGGCGCUAGUAACCACUCCCUUUGACGUCGGUAAGACUCGCCAGCAGGUUCUCCGGCACAUGGAUGACCAUGCGCCCAACAAACCCACUGGCGCGCGACCGUCCCUUCACCCGCAGACAAUCGUUCCCGAACAACUUUCUCUCCCGAAAUUCCUGAUGCAUAUCUUCCGCGAAGAAGGCCUGGCCGGGCUCUUCAGCGGAUGGGGCGCACGCUGCAUGAAGGUUGCACCGGCCUGUGCAAUCAUGAUUUCCACAUACGAGGUCGGAAAGCGCAUGGCCCGCGAAGUCAAUGAGCGACGACACUCGGAAAGCUCCUAA